AUGUCUGAACCAAUAACACUGAAUGUAGGGGGAAUGUUGUACACCACGUCCCUAAUGACUUUAACUCGCUAUCCAGAAUCGAUGCUUGGCUCAAUGUUUAUCGGGGAUUUACCGACCAGCAAGGAUCAGCAAGGAAACUACUUCAUAGAUAGAGAUGGCAAAAUGUUUCGACACAUCCUUAACUUCCUCCGAACAUCGCACUUGGACCUUCCAGAUGAUUUCCAAGAGCUGGAUCUUCUGAACAGAGAAGCUGAUUUUUUCCAGAUCCAACCUCUGCUGCAGGCUUUGCAGGCAAUCAAAACCCCUGUUACUAAAACAAAAAAUAAUGUAAUGCUUAACAUCUUUUAUGACUCAUGGUUACAUAAUGUUGGCUCCUAUACUGUAAAACUUGUUAACGUUCAAAUAUUUUCUACAUCGGGUGCCUUAUUGAAGCUUCUCAAUUCCAAAUUCUACUAUAUCUUCAAAGGUGACAAUUUAUCUGUAGCCAGCGAUCUGGAAAAUUUGAAAUUCAUUCCAUUAGAAUGGGUUGAAAGUAGCGGAACUGGCAUGGAAAGACAUUAUGUAAUGGAGAAUUGGAAAAGUCUCUACGCUUCACCAUCUCAUCGGCAAAUUCAAAAUCUGGAUAUGUUUGUUCAUCAAGUAAUAAAAAUAGCAGUCAAUGGUGGAUUCCUUCUUAAUUCUCUUCCUUCUGUUUCAUCUGACCCAAUUAUUCUGCAUUUUACUCAGUAUUGAUAAUACAGAAAAUAAAUUGCUAUGGGCACCCAAUCUUUGGAGUUUAUAGAAGUGAACAGUCUACUCCUUGUUUCUUAUAUAAAUCUCGAUGUAUAAUGUGCAGUAUCAUGAAUAUUAAUCCUGUUUGUUGAAUUC